AUGCCCCGACACUUCCGCAACACCCGCCGUCCAGCCGCAUUUCUCCACUACCCAAGCCAGGACACAUUCUCAGGACGCGCCACUCGUCCUCGCAGCACCAGCCCCGACAUGCUCCGCUUCGCAUACGGCACUCGUCGUCGCAGGCCAAGCCCAGCCCCUCGCCGCGAUGAAAUCGAGGAUCUCCUGAGCCGCGAGAUGCGCGCCAUCAACGAAGACAUGCGCCGACUCCGUGGUCUGGUCGCGCUCGUCCACGCCCCGAGGCUCGCCAUCGCGCACACCUUCCCCAUCGCGCUCACUCAGCCCAACGCCUUCAGAGCCUAG